GCGGACAUCUUGGAUUUUGAGGCCGCCAUCUUUGAAUUUUGCGUGGCUAACGUUAUUUUUCAAAAGAGUGGGGUUUGAAGAGUAUAUGUACCAAAUUUCAUGCUUGUAUAACAAAGUGAACAAUUAUCUCCUUAUCUGCUCUACUAAUGGGAUUUGGCCCAUAUCAUCUAACAUGAGUAACAGUGGCAAGAAAAAACUUCUUUUUAACAUGCAAAAACUUUGGGAAGGACCAGACUCAUGCCAGACAGCCACCAAGCCGCUGCUGGGUUGGGGAGGAAUACAUAGAGAUAGGGGGAGGAGAGAGAGAUUGAGUAAGGGAGAGAGACAGGGAACAGCAGCAUUAAAACAACAGCAACAACAACUCAUGUAAUGGUGAAACAAAAUGAAUUCAGUUUACAGGGUUAGGAUAGGACGUUUUCAUAUUCAUCAUUAGUUCUCUGAGUUCCAUUGACUAUCAUGACCUCUGUAUUAUGAGCUUUCGUCGACUGAGUCUGCCCCCACCAUGACCUCAGAUGACAGCAGUGCGGCCACGUCAAAGCGAAAUAGUCUGGUUUGGCUCUGCCCGGCACCCGUAGGUAAGUUUGCCCGAUUGUUUUGGCUGUGUGUUCAUUAGAGGCAUUUGCUGUCAGGUCCACAACCUGAUUCAAGGUUUGUAAUCUGUACGCCUAUGUCAAGUUAACUGUGGCGUCGCGCACUUGUACUAUGUAUUUGUAUUUGUCACUUAUUUUGUAGUGAAAACACAGAAAGUCGAGUUAUAUUUUGCGGACUGCAAACCUGAAAGCGCAUGACAGCACUGCGGACCUCUGCAGCUAACAAAUAAAGCUACCGCUUCGUAUAUCUGGACAAAUAUUGGGGGUUUAAUUCUCUAAUGACAUUUUAAGUCACGUUUUUUGACUCUAUGACGUCCUUUCAUCAUCUUACUAUUCGUGCUUUUCGGAGUGUGUUAAAAUGUGUGUUUGUUUGACAACCAGGAAGGCUAAGCUAGCUGUCGCCUGUUAAAACAAGGAAGGCUAAUGCUGACUGAGGCCGAAUUGAUCCCAAAUUACCUCAUUCUCUGUGAAACUGUGUUGUGGCAAUGCCUAGUAAUUUGUGUCUCUAUCAAUUUGAAACACUUAUAAACACGUUUCUUGUACACCCACAUGUACGAGUGACUAUAACGGGUGGGAUAACUGAAUGCUAAGCUAACCGGGUGUAACGCAAGCUGCAGGGUGGGGCUCUGUUAGCCAGCUGACUAUGAGUGAACAGCCUCAAUGAUAAAGUGUUCAGUCUGUUGUAACGCAGUGCAAAUAUUGAGGGAUUAAUCUCGUAAUUAUACGUGCCUGAAUCACUCGGUUAAGGAGAAGAGAGCCAGCAGUCUUAGUUGUGCUAAUCGACUCGAACAUGUGCUGGAAAAGUCCUCAUCUCCGAGUGUCUAAGUGGUGCUGAAGCUGAGAGCAUCAGUUUCAGGGCCCAUUCAAACACAGGCGUCUUUAAUCAGCAUUUAUUUUCAAAAUAUAAAUACUUAAGUUGUAAAAGUGUUUUGUGCAACAUAAUAAUAUUAAUCUUGAUUUGAUCGUUCGCAGUGGUGUGACCAUGUCUUCCAAAAGUGAACUGAAAGCGGAGCUUGAGCGGAAGAAGCAGCGCCUGUUACAGAUCAGAGAGGAGAAGAAAAUCAAGGAGGAGGAGCGCAGGAAGAAGGAGGUAUGUUUGGAGGAAAUAAUCAGAUAUCCACUGAUAUUGAACGCAAAAGUUGAAACAAGGCAUACAUGUAUCCAUAUCCAACAUUGAGUGUAAAUUUGACUAGAAACUUAAGUAUCUGUUCAAAUGCCAGUUAAUUCCCUUCAUUUGGUUUAUUGAAGUUUUUAGUUGUCUUUUGUUGUUGUUGUCUACAUACUAUUUAACACAAUUAUUAAGAACCACUGGUUGCAUUUGAAUCAAAUGACAGACCACCCUCAUUAAGUUAUCCACCAAAACUACAGAAGGUUGGCAUGUUGAUCUGAAAAAGGUAGUGUUGUUUAAUAAUUCAUCACUAACUGGUGUGUAACCGUUUGAUGAUCAAUUCUUUUCUUUUGUUCACUUAAAUAAGCUCUACAGAUGAUGUGCAGUUUAGGAUGUGUAGUAAUAACAUCUAUUUUUGGGCUGGGCGAUAUGGGAGAAAGUUUAUCAGGAUAUAUUUUCUUCAUAUCAAUCAAUAUCGAUAUAUCACUAUAUAAAAAGGGAAAUUUAACAGUGCUUAUUGGUAGCAUGUCUUUUGUAAAACGAUAAGCUACUGCAUCUGUGAGGUCUUUGUGUCUCUUCGACACUUUAUCAUAGGGCGUUACGCUAGAGAAAGCGGACUGAAUGGUCGGCUGUUUGGCUGCACAGGUGCCAUGGGCUCCUUACUCUGCUCAGGGUUUUUAACCUUUUGCAUUGCGCGUGCUCUGCUGCGUAGCACUGCUUCAGGUAGUGAAAAGAUUUGAGGUAUUCCCCGACUUUGUGAGAACAUGUAUUUGACAUAAUUUGCAGUGCACAUUACUCUGCUUCAUGUCCGACCUCAAAAAACCAAAAUACCUCCACACCACCAACGUUUUCAUGCCAGUGUUGUAGACGAUGUCAUCAUCUUUUGAGCCUUCGUCUGCAUUUCUGCCGGGGUAGCACUCAUUUUCUUUUUUUCUCACUGACAGUGCUGUCAGCUUCACGUGUUAAAGUGCUAUGGUUGCGUGUAGCUGCAGCCUGCUACUAUGCAGUUGUUUACUACUUGGUUCUAAUUCAACUCCCCUUUUCAUAAGCUAUUCGUAUAGUCUACCAAAACAUGGCAGAAUGCCGGCUAUCAAAAAGCAUACUGGCCAUGUUUUAUAUUGAUAUUGAGGGAAAUUAAUUUUCGAUAUAUUGUUAUCGUUUUACCGUCCAGCCCUACUACUCACUAUAUCACACAUAAUCCAUCGUGGUUUAGAGUUUGUAGAUUUUAACCAGUCACAUCUGCAUGAACAUCAGGGCAAUCUAAAGCUAUCUGAUAAGACAGCUCUACCUUAAAUUCUACUCUUACCAAACUUCACCAUUUUCAGUUCUGUUGACCUGGUCAUACAGAUGAUAACUGCUCUGUGAGUUAAUUGCUGAAGUUGCUGUGGGUGGUAGUGGUGUAUUUUAUACAUUGUACUUGAAGGUCUUCCUCAUAUUUGCUUCAGAUGUAGUUAGUAUCUUCCAAUAACACACUCCAGCAGCACACCACCACCACUCACUACACCUUUAAUAAUGAAAGUACAACAGCCUCUCUGUGCAACAAUGUUAAAAACUGAACAUUAAGGAGAUUUCAGAGCUGUUGUAUUGAAUUGCAUUAGAUUGCCCAGGUGUUUAUGGUGUUAUGACUGGUUGUUGUACUUCAGAUUAUUGAUUAGACCAGUCAAAUUUAAGCUAGUAAGAGUAAAAUUAUUUGAAGAGUUUUUUGGUUGUUGGUGAAAGUAAGGGAGCAUUUUGAUGUAUGAGCAAACAAAAUACUAUUCCAGUUCAGUUCUUUGUUUACACUUGUGUAAUAUCUGAUGAAGUCAAAUUCAGAACUACAAACAAAAAUCUUGUAAUAAGACAGUUAAAAGUAGACUUGAUGCAAACCAGUCUCAAAUUCAUUACACUGUCUGUACAAAAUACAACUGUCCAAAUACAGUAAAUAAAGGGGAAAUUUACUUGUUUCUCUUUCCACUCAAUUAUAAGCUACACAGCAAUGAUAUAUGCUUGCAGAGCAGCAAAGAAGAACGUUAUGUGGAUUAUCACGUAACGAUUGUAGACAAAAACUGUAUUGAAUAUGUGGAGAAUGCAAAGUGCACAGGGGCACCAGAAUAAGGUGUCUUGUGCAAUUUAAAGGCUGUUUUAAGAAGUUUUAAGAAGAAUAUAACUAGUAUGGAAACCUAUUUAUGAUAGGUCAUGUAAAAAAAAAAAGUCAUGUUUCUGUGGCUUUAUCCUGCAGAGUUAUCAUGGCAGGAGUCUUUGGGAGCCAAAGCGCCCAUUAUAUAUUACCUUUCAACUUGUUUUGGGGUUAGGAUCCUUUCGUGCUCUGAGCCAGACCUUAAAACAACAACAACAACACACAAAUCAGAUUCAUGAAGGCCCCUAAUGUUCUCUCAAAUGAAGACGUAUACAUUUUUUUCCACACUUAUGUCAUGGAGGUACUCUAUAUUGACCAGGAUUCAGGGUUUAAGGAGCGAAAUAAAGUAAAUGGUGCACAAACCUCUCUUACUUUAAGUGCUGUACAUUUAAUUGUUUAUUAGGAAUAUUUAAUAUUUGAGUUAAUGACUGAUACAUGUCUGUCCUUUCAGGCUGACCAAUUGAAAGAAUCUGCACUCCAUCAAGAUGAUUCAGACCUGGAGAGAAAAAGACGUGAGACUGAGGCCUAUUUACAGAGCAUGGGCUUAGCCACAGAUAUUCCUGUUGGUAAGUGACUCACAUACACUGUAAAUGUAAAAAUAGAGUAAAACAUACACUGUUCACACAUUUUUAUAUAAUCUGUUUAUUCAGCUGACUAUUUACAGACACCAAAAACAGAGCUGUUGCGUGUCUGCAGGUCUUUCUCUUUAUUAAUUCGUUGUAUUAGUAUUCGACCUGGCAGUCUUUGUACAAAGGUACUAUUCGAUUCUUUUAUUUGUCUCCUUGGGUCGUCCCUUUGCGUCUUAGCUCCUUCUGUGGUUGAAAAGGCAGAUGUGAGGAGGAGUCACAAAUGUCUUAAAAAAGCUUUUUCAAAAGCUUUCGGUUUAUUUAACAUUUAGAUAGAUAUCUUCAUUAUUGAACAGUCUCACAAACUUUUGUUCAUCAAGGUAUAAAUCCUCAAACAGGAACUGGGGCCUUUUAUUUGCUUUUACCGCAGAGGGUACCACAAAUUGCAGAGCAGAGCAAAUAGGUUCUAUGUUUGCUAGUGUUGUUUGCAAACAUUUAACUGAGCCAUUAUGCAUUUUUUUUUUUUUUACAAAAUAAUCCUUUUUCUAUGCAAACGAGCCUUCCUGCAAAAAAACUCUCAAUUAAUAAACGCUAGUGCUAAAAGCCAUGUGCACUUAGAGUGCAAUUAAGUCAGUUUUAUCAACGGAGCUUGAAUAUUUACAUGUGCCAUCAUGCUGUCUUCAUUAAUAAAGGUAAUGAUGAUGUAGAUAUGAUAUAGAUCUAUACAUUAAGUCUGUUCAUAUUUCUUUGACAUUGCUAUUUUGAUGAUAAUCAGGGGUUAAAUCACUCUAAGGCUGUAUGUGACUCAACCUGCCACACAUACAGGCUGUUCAUGGUCUGAUGGAUUGUUCAUUUAUUCAAAUAUAUAUAUUUUUUAUCCAAACAAUGUGCUUUUUUCCUGCUUGCACCUGGAAGUAAGAUGAAUAUGAUGAAAGAGAUGAUGGAUAUCUGUCAUAAACUGACAGCUCAGUAAAAUUUGAAGGACUAUCCCUCUGCAUCCAGCUCAUUAUAUAGAAUUAAGCGCAGUCAGUAUGAGAAUAUAUGGAGUGCAGCUCUGAUCAGCAGUAUGUGGAGAUGCUGACAGCUAAUCUAAGUCAUAAUGCAACACAAAACCAGAGCAAACUGCACAAAGAUGGCCUGUGAUUUAGUAUCCCCCAAAUCUGUUGUCGUUAUAAAAGACCAUACACUGGUGUGUAAUUAUUGUAAGUCUACUGGGACUUCAUUCACUCUUGAGGACCAUGAUCCCGAUCACAAUAAAGAACCUGGGCUGCGAAUUAAAGACGAAUCCUGAUCUGAGGAUUCAUAGUCACUGGUCUGUGGUAUUGUUACAGUUAUUGAUUUCAAUAAUUGAAUCUUCCUGUAGCUUUUUUAAACCUGCAUUUAUGGGAGCAGCUGAAUAAAGCACCUGAGAGCUGUGUAAAUAUGUGUAUAUUACUUUGUCAAAGCGUUCAAACUGUUAAAUAUUCGUCAGAUCAGUGCUGUGAAGGUUAUGUGUUAUAGGUUUAGUCAACAGGUCAUCACGUUUAGUCAAAACAUGUUAAUCAACAAUAUAUCUAUACAAUAUAAUUCAAUUAUUGAUCUGACAAUGUUUCAUCCUCUUAACACUAACGCCGCUGCUCUCUUUGCUCUGCCCCCAUCUGGGAUGAUUCAGAGUUGACCAUUACUACAAAACUUUCUGCUGACUACGGUCUAACUAUGAUCUGUAAAGUAUCUCCAGACUGGGCUAAAUUAACAUUUUGAUAUGGAGCUGUUAUGACAUGAGCAGCAAACCGUAAAAUUCAAUUUGAAAACUGAUGUUGCCCCAGUGGCCGGUUGUGUCUUUGUCACUGAGGUGGCAGAAAAAAAGGAAAAUUUAUGAAUGAAAAUGAGGGACAUGCAUGGAGGCAGAAGAGAUUUGGACCCACGAUGCAUUAGUGUGGAUUAGUGGCCAAGUUAACACUGUUUCUCCAGACCAGCUCAGCCUGUCUGAGUGCAUUGUUGGUAUUUUGGUUGACAGAUUAGACGCUCAAUGGGGUAAAAUAUCCCGGGUAUUAAAUGUCUCACCGCCCACCUUCAAAUUUUAAGUCCUGCCAUCGUCUCAUUAUUGCAAAGAAAGCACAAGACUCAUCCAAGUUAAUUGAUCACAGAUGCAAUUGUAGGCCAUUGUCUUCUUGUCUUCGUCAUGGAGAACCAUGUUGAUGAACAUGCACCACCCUAAUUUUGGUCCAUGACAUUAACGCUGGUAUCAAUACAGUCCUUUUAUUAUUAGGCUAUUAAUUUUGUUGGACAGGGUUUAUGUAUUUUGACCAGGUCCUCAAAUUUUUACUUAUAUUUUUACUGCACAUACAUUGUAGAAUUGUAUUUUACUGGCCUUCUUAGUCAUCUGACCACAGACCAGUUUGCAACCUGUAUGAUUCUGUAAAAAUCUGAUCUCUGGCAAAAAGCUGACCAACAAGUAAGAGUUUCUUAAAUUCAGUUUGUUCAGUUUGAACAUUUCUAGAUUUAAAAAAGAAUCUUUAAGCAGUCAAAACAUCACCCUUUAAAAUUAUAAAUGUGCUCUAUGUAAAAAAAAUCUUCUAACAGAAGGGUCACAUGGUCUGUAAUUUACCUCCCUGAAGUGCUUUCAGGCUUGAAAAAAACAAUAUAGAAACAGUCGCCCUGUUUGUUGGUAUUUUUGACUUUUUAGGCCACAAAGAGGCGCCAGUGUUUAUUUCAGUCAGUCCACACAGGAGCUUUAAAAACUCACUAUUGCUGCAGUUUGGUCACUAAAUUAAGGUAAUGACUAACUGAUUGGAAAUUAGAAAUAAAACUCAGUACUCUACUGGGUUUUUUUCAGGGCAUUUUGCUGAAAGGGUCUUGCACAAAUAACCUGAAAACCAUUACUUUGUAUUUGGUGGACUUCAAAAGAUUUUCAUGAACACGUGUGAUUUAAAAAGGAAAGAAGUAGUAAAAUAAUCCCAGUAGAGAAUGAGGUUUGCAGAAUAAAUUCAGCGAGUGUCUAGCAGAGCACUUUCAUGUUAUUACCAGCAGGUGGCAGAAGAGGUCCACAGGAACAUUUCCACAUGCAGGUUACAAACAAACUGAAAACAGGCGCUAAAACAGAUGUUUUCUGUCUGUUUCCUCUCACUGAAUUCAUUUUAAUGUUUAUAUCCCAGUGAUAAAAUCAGUGUUAUUGUGUUGUUUUACUGUGUUUUAUAGUAUGUACUGAGCUUCAGUUUAUUAUGACAGAUUUGUGAAUUUGUAACCUGUUUGCCCACUGCUGUCAAAGCUUAAUUCACUCCUGUUCAUGUGUUCAAGACGUCUGAUCAGGAAAACAAACAUUGUUGCUUUUCAUUCUGAGCUGUAAGAAGCUCUGUGUAUGGUAACAGAUGACUUUGUCUGUUUGACCACGUAGCCCCUCCUCCCACGUCUCCUACAACCAAAUCUGCGGGCACCCCAAGUGAGGCCGGGAGCCAGGACUCGGAUGGAGCUGUGGGACCCAGGUACACACACACACACACACACACACACACACACACACACACACACACACACACACACACACACCGACUGAAGCAACACUCAGGCUGUUAUUCCACCUGAGGAAGUAACGUUUAAAUACCUGAUAUCAAUCAAAACAUGUAUGCCACUGUGAAGCUAAUACCAGCACAUGCUUCCAGGGCUUUUUGGUCAGUAUUUUAUUACAACAACAUUAAUAAUGUGCUUUGAAAAACAUUUGUGUUUUUUCCAUUACUUUCAACUCCAUAAAAAAAAGUUAUGGAGCGACUUCAAGCAUGUUCUUAUCAAGAACAACUGAGCUAAAGUCUUUAAUAAGUCUCAUACUAUUAAAGUGAAUGAUGACGGGUUCAUGCCAUCAAACUGCAUGUUUAUUUAAUUUGUGUGCUGUUGAAUUAGGACGAUCUUAAAUUAACAAUAAAACAGCAGGCUGCUGUGGUGCCUGGGGGACUUCUUAACCCCUAAUUAGAGCCCCUUUCCUGGGCUGAAACUCAAGCUCCCCUAGUGUCCCAUCAGGCCCAGGGAGCUGUUCCCCCUACGUGUUGACUCAUUUCCCUCACCAGCAUGGCCAUUUCCUACACACAUGGAGGUCAUGUUUUCUCCCUGAGGGUCCUCUCUCCCUCCCUCCCUCUCUUGUCGACACAACACUCAGUGCCUUUGGUGUGACACAGUUCAGAUUUUGCAGACCUGCAGGCUGCACAUCAUGCCAAUCUGAGAGCCUGUGCAUCUAUGCAUUUUAAGCAGAAAAGCUCUUUCAUGUCUCAGCUUUGUGUCUACAGACUCGAGCUCAAUAUGCACUGUUGAAUGUUAGAGAAAUUCCAGUCUGAAGUGAGUUCUAAUAACAUGUACAGAUUUGUUACCUAGGAUUAAUUCAGCAUGUUGUGUGCCAUGAUGCUAUCUUUAUCUCCUCUCCUCAUUUGUGCUUGCUUGUCUCUCUCACUAAUGCUGCCUUGUUGCUGUGACACUAACCAGGACUCUGCACUGGGACUCUGAUCCGUCCACUCUUCAACUUCACUCUGAUUCUGAGCUGGGGUACUGGACACUCUCUUCUCUCCUUUUCUGGUCAUUUUCCCUUCUCUCAAUCUACGGCAUGAUUACUGUGCUUUCAAAGUCAUGAUUCUGCUAACGCAAUCCAGAAGAAGAGUCAACUAGUGCAUGCAAACGACAACAGCUUUUAAUAAAUUCACAAUGGGUGUUGAACUAAUCAGGAAUCUUUGCCAUCCCAUGAAACACUCAUUUACUGACAUUGAUCAGCACCAGAUUCCUCUUCCACAGAGGCUCCAAAAAACAAAUGAGAAUCGUAACACUAGAAGACUGUUUUGCUUGUUUUUAUUUCUUGUUACAAAUGUUUUUACUUUGUAGUUUUAGCAGCUUGUGCAAAGUUUGAGUCAUUUUGUGUUUUUAGGCGGGCGACACCUAAACUGGGAAUGGCCAAAAUCACACAGGUGGACUUCCCACCACGUGAGACUGUGUCCUACACAAAAGAAACCCAGACACCUGUCAUGACGCUGCAGAAAGAAGGUAAUUCUUACAUAACGUAACCUCAAAAAAACAGACUAACACGAGUUAACCUUGUUGUGUGACUGAACAUGUGGGUUCUUCAAAAAAGAUAAAAAAAAAAGUCAUGGUUUGCUUCACAACUUCUAAAGAAUUAUGCAAAACAAAAGCAUCCAAAGGCUGUUCUUGAAUGUACGAGUGGCUGACCGGAAGUGAUCAGCAAGUCAGGAGAUCUGAUUGGAGAUGAAAGGAGAGAGGGGAAAAAAAGAGGCCCAGGAAACACAAGAAGCUGAAAGAGAUAUUAAAUUCAGACAAGCCCUGCUCCUCUGAUCCUCACCACCAACCCUGCUCUGGGAAAAUUAAUGAGCAGGAUGAGAAGACCAGUGACAGGAAGGAGAAAGCGAUUCAGGAGGGAGAUAUGAAGCUCUGCGACUGCAUACGACUGCUCUCUGCGAGUGAAGCAUGUCGAUAUGUAUGUAAUUGCUGCUCUGGAGCUUUCAUGUGGCCAGCCGAGGAGAAUACUUGGACCGCUACUAGCCUCCACAUGUUGAACAGAUGUUUGAUAAAAUAUGCAAUAUUUGUGGGUGUGCUGUUUGUUCCUGGUUGAUUUAUGUAAUGAUAGAUGGCGUAUUAUGCGCUUGACUUAAUCCCUGAUUAGAACUUUUUGUUUUCCGUUCUGAUUUUUGUUUUUAUUAGACAGAUCUGUCAGAACUGUAACUACUGGAUGGAACGAGCCCCGCUUUCCAGGCUGUUGGCUCCAUUUGUUUGCCUCAGCUGACACAUCUCUUUAAGAAUUUUGAAAGCCUGGUUAGGAUUUUAAACAGUAUGCUGAUUGGUGGUUGUUGUCCCACCAGGUGAUGUGUAGAAAAUUCAGAUGUGGCAUGCAGCAGGAAUGAGAUCAAAUUGUGUGAUUUUGUGGAAAGACUACGAGCAGAACUAGUGAAGGAUGAAGAGCGUCCCUCUGUUUGUAGUUGCUCUUUACUCCUGACUCUCCUGGGCAUUGUAAAACUGUGUUAAACAAUGAUGGUUUCUGCCAGCUGUUCAACACCACCACCCCCCCUCCCUCUCUGCCACUAUGUAAUCAUUUCAUCAACUUCCCCUCACUUCCCUGUCUUCUCCCUUCAACGAGCAGCCACAUAACAAAACACACUCGGUGACAUUGUGCAUUUUCACACCAUCACUUCUGGCACUCGAUGAGGCGGCAUCCCCUUCCCCAGCUCGUUUCCUUCGGCGCAUUUUUGAUGCGUGGGGCAGCGUCAGGCCUGUUCUUUGAUUGAGCGAUUUAUCAUGUUGUCAGAAAGAGGCAACGGCGCAGCACUCUCAAGGUCAGCGGGCGGUGGCUUUCAAGGGAUUCAGCUGCUGCACACUGAGGGUUUCCUCGGAGUCUGCUGGACAUCUUGAAGAUAGGAGGGAAAUAUUUUAACACUGCCUGCCCUGUUGACAUCAACAAAACCCUGGUCUGUGGAGCAGAACACAUCUAUGCUUGUUAUCAGUGGAGCAUUAUUGCUUCACCCUACUCAACUAGAAACAGGCUGGGGGUCCGUAUAUUAAAGAUAAUACAGGUACAUGUAUUCAGUGAAAUCAAAAGUCCAUUAUCUGUAUGAGCAAAGUAGAUAAAGCUUUUAUAUUUGUGAUAGGUGAUUGUCUUACACUGGAUUAAAAUGGAUGCCGUAAGUGGUCGCUGACUGUGAAGUCAAAAGAUGUAGCCUAGAGCUCCCCCUACUGACUGGGGCUGCUGUGCAGGUCAUAAACCCCGCCUACCCCAUGUUAACAGAUGGACUGUAGAUCACGCUAUAAAAUUGAGAUAUUCAUCAUAUGAUUUUUUUUUUCUCAAACUCACUCUUAUUGUGUUUAUUUGUGUCCAAGAUUUCAUGUUUCCUUAGGAAUUUAGUUUUUAUUACUUAUUUGAAAACUGCAGGUUUCUGCAGAAACAAGGAGGAGUAACAAGAGAAAACAUUGCAAAAACCAACACAAGAGUCCAUCGCCCUCAGUGUCAGUUUCAAAUCAACACAAGGAUUUUACAGUGACCUGAGAGACCUUCAAAGUUUUAUGAGUAUUUUUAGUGCAUGUUUUAGUCAGUACAAAAGAUGUGACGUCAGUCCUGCAGCCAUGGCAGCCAGGUCACCUCUGUGCCUUAUCAAAGCAGCCUCUUGACUUCACAUCUCUGAAAAGGUAGAAAUGAAGGCAUAUUUCUGGAUAGAGUCAAAGGUGAAUAUAGUGUAAAAUAACAGUGCAGAAGGCUGGAGUAACAGUCAGAGAAGAACAGUCAUAAGAAGUGGACUGCAUACCUCGCUCUAAAUGUCUCGAUCGAUGGGAUACGUUCCCCUGCUGCCACCUGUUGGGUGAUGGUGUGUAAUAAGUUUGGGGUGCAUUACUCCUGUGCCCCAAGUCGCUCUCUUGUUUGGGUUUGUUUGGCGGGGUUGUCACACAGUGUCAGGCUGGAGACAUUCAUUACUUUACACGUGGAUGCAACAUUUUUAUUGCUGAAUUUACAGUUGACUCACUGUGUAAUAUUUACCUCACCCUUUGAAACACUCAUAUGAUCCAAGUCCGGUUUUGAAGUCCUACUCAGUGAAGAUCUGACUUUAGUGUUGCAAAAUUUGGUAGCCCUAGCUUAGCUUACAAUGAAGCAUCCUCCCAGAUGUCUUAAGCAGCCCUUGAAGACAAAGGGAGAAUUAAGAUGCAUUUUUAAAUAAUAGAAGUAGCACUAUCCCCACCGUAGUUUUAGCCGUAAUUUCAGGGUUAGGGUCUUCAGAUUGAUGAAUAUCUGUGCCCCUGCUACAGUAUUCCCAGAUUGCAGCAGUAGGUAAUAUGCAGCAUCAGUAUGCACUCUUUAACAAGAGGCUGUAAUUAUGGAAUAAGAUAUUGUUAGAGGUAGGGGUGGUGUGUGUGUGUGUGCGGGUGGAGUGGUUGGUCUGGUGCAGUGUUUAAAAAGGCUUGUCAGGAUUAUGAGUGUGUGGAGCAGUGCGGUAAAUCUAAUAUUUAAUUGAAUGUGAUUGUUUUAAUCGCUCUGAAUUCAGAGGCAGGUCAAAACUUUUAAUCACAAAAGCCCUUUAAUGGCCUUCUUUUGUGGAGUGCCACUUGUAAUUGUGGCCAGCUUUUAUGCACUUGAUGAUUAGUACUGUUAAAUAUCUAUUGUAUCCACCUCCCCCUGUAAUACUGUAGCUAAUUUCCAACAGAAAGUCUGCUGUAAUGUCUUUUUUUACCUAGGAUUGGAUAUUUAGAGGUAAAAAUUUUUAUUGUAUCUGCGGUGGAUGUUUGGUCUGGUUUUAGAUUUCUGCCUUUGGUUGGCUUAUCAGUGAUCUCUCAACCUCAGUGUCAUUGGAGACGUGUAACCAUGUCAAGAAAACAAUAGAGUCCCGCGUCACAGAUGACCAAGUCUUGAACAGUGAUAUCAGAUUGACAGCCAGCUGAUAUCUUUGUUUUUAUUUGCCUUGUAGCAGUUUUUCCUUUUGCUCCUCUUUGACACACAAUCACAAACGUUUUACUGCUCGGAAAAAAAGGUUGAUCUUGGUUUUUGAAGUGCAUUCUGCUAACUGGAUCUCGAGGUUUUGAGAAACUAGAAGUAGUAGCGGACGUGUUCCUGUGCCUGUGUAGUGGCGGGUUGAUGUUCUGUGGGUCGUUGCGGGGCUUUCAUACAGCCGAUAAAAAAAAAAACCCUUGUGCACGCGCUGGAGUCAGACCUCUUUUCGUUUGAAUGUAUAGAAAAUGGGGGACACCUGCAGUGGAGGGCAAAGGUCACCUAGUUUUGAACUUUUAUAUCGCCGUGUUUGCAUUAAUAUAUUGUCCACUGACUAAGACCUGUGAUUAACCCCACCCCCCACCCCCCACACCCCCAAAAGCUUUUAUUUCUUAAGCGGUUAAAAGCCAUAAUUGGGCCUGCUUUCAGAGGAGGUGUCAGUGUAUAGGACAUCGCUGAUCCGGGUGAAUUCUGUUAAAUGCAACUCUCCCCUCCCUCCCCACUUCCUCCACCGCCCACCCUGGCUAGGCACUACUACUACCCCCUCUACACAUCCACAGCGGGGUCACCAGGAUCACUAGCUUUUCUCCAAAUGGCCAUUUUGGCUGGCAGGUGCAUUAUACCCUUUAUUUUCAGAUUGUCUAUCCGCUCCUAAUGCCUGGCAGGUUGAUUGCUCUGGCUGCCUCACCAGGCAGAGGGCUGACGAGCACGGCUGGGACUAUCUGAAAGACAGUGAUUACUGUUUUCCUUUAAGCCUGAUUGAGGCCCUUGAAAGGAAAGAUUUUAACCUUGUCCUGUUGGCUGCAGAGUAUGGCCGCACAUUGAAAUGGCUCGUGUCAUCAACCCGGUUUUAGUAAACUCAUCAGUGCACCCAAUAACCCUCUUCCCCAAACCUCCAUCUGAGAAAGGGGAUAAAUCACUUUAUGGACAAAGUGACAGAUGACAUUAUCAUUUAGAUUAUCUCAGUAGGAAGGAAAUUCUGGCGUGCUGUGCUGUCAUCUUAGAUUAACUAUAAGACUUAUACCAAGAUAAACGUCUGUAGGAACCAGGCGAGUAUUUUUCCUCGGCUCAUCCUGAAUCUGUUUUGUCUCGCUUUUGCUAUUAUGCUUUACAUUGAAAGCACGGUCUAUAUACUGUCUCGGAGAUGUGUUUUGAAGAAGAAAAAAAAAAGAAAGCGUUUAUCUCCUCCGAGGUAGCACCGGUGUGCUGUUUGCCAGCUGGUCUGGCCUGUAUUUUGUUGUACAUUCUCUGAGGUUGAAUAGGAGUUGCAGGACCUCCUGCUAAGACGGUAAUUGCUCGGGCUCGCUGUUCAGGGAGAAGCUUGUCUCGGGGCAGCCAGGCGGAAAACCUCUGUGCCAUCCCCAUGCCACCUUUGAAGAGCACAAGACAAUCCCGGCAUCGCCAUCUGCUUUUGCACCAUGCCGUCAUCUGGUCAGACCAAUGGGAUGGGGCCAGGGGCAGCUGCUCCAACACCCCUCUGCCCCGCUGCCUGUGGCCUAGAAGGGGUUCAACCUGCCACUGUGUCACAGAGGAAGCAGCUACACUGACAGCUCGACUCACUAUUGAAACGCUGCGGUCUCAUUAACAGUUGGGAAAGACAGGGGUCCCUAUGACAACAAGACCCCCGCUGUGCUGUGUCCCUUUAACACAAAUGACAAACUUCCCUGCUUUAGAGGAGCAGGUUCUUUUGAAAGGCGACAUUGUUGCUGACAAACCAAACAAAUGGAAAGCAGAGAUACAGAAUCAGUCUUUGGCAGUGCACAUAAUCACCGGGGUGGAGCUUUUAUUGCCGAGAGAAAAUAAUGGAGAUGGAGGAUGUAGUGACCAAAAGGUACGAGGCGUUGUAAUGAGGCAUGGCUGUUUUGUUGUGUGAAAGUUGUCUCUUUUGAUGAGAUUUAAUGCCGUUUACAUUUGAAAGUUUGACUGAAUGUUUAUCAUGAGAAACGAGGAAAUGGAAAACAAUGAUUAAAUGCUGUACAUCUGCUGUUUACAUCAAACUCUGUCUACACUCAUUGUUUAACAUAACUCAUACUCUUCAAUUAACAGAAGAAGAAGAGGAGGAAGAAGCUGCGCCUCCACAGCCAGUUAUCGAGACUCAGACUGAGAAACUGGACCAGAAAGAGGAUGAGGAAGGUACGCAGUCGCCAUGAAUGAUACUUGAAUGAGAUGAAGCUGUGUCAGUCUCUGUAAGGGUUUUAUGAAAGUCAGUGCACGUUACAUAGAGCGGCACAGGACUUACCAUUGAAGACCCAUACUUAAUUUUGUCGGUUUAUUAUUUUCCUCCCUAUAGCGCCCCCUCAUGAGCUGACAGAGGAGGAAAAACUCCAGAUCCUGCACUCUGAGGAGUUUGUGAACUUCUUUGACCACAGCACGCGCAUCAUUGAGCGGGCUCUCUCCGAGCACGUGGACAUCUUUUUUGACUACAGCGGUCGUGACCUGGAGGAGAAGGACGGGUAAUAAUUGGACAACUUGUGUUUCUUCUUCUCCUUUCUUUUUUUUUUGGACUUGUAAUUGGUUUGUGGAGAGGUGUUGGUAUUGAUUUGUGGUGCUUUAUCUUCCACAGUGAAAUCCAGGCUGGAGCAAAACUCUCUCUAAACAGACAGUUCAUGGAUGAGCGCUGGUCUAAGCACCGCGUCGUCACCUGCCUGGACUGGUCCCCACAGGUCCUUCUCUUUUUGUGACUUUCAGUAACCAAACCAACAGAUGAACACAUUUCCAGAGCUGCAUAUAGACUUGUUCGCAGUUUGUCAAUCAUGAUGAAUUUGUGCCUUUUGAACUGCGUCAUAAUUGUUGUUAAUUGGCUGUUGAAACAACUUAGCUUUUCACAGCCAUAAUGCUUUAUGAUUAGCUAGCUGGAGUUUGACAGCGUUUACAAUCAUCCACAAGUCCCUCAGGAAAAGUUAGUUAUGCCCCACACAGAUUGUCACUUAGUCAGAGGCCGUAAUGAUUUGUUUCCUCUGGUGUCUGAGGUCAUUGAAUGCAUUAUUCUGCAAUGACUUCUGGCAGUAAUUUAACAGCAACUCUUGGCUAACAGUGUUUACUCUCUCAGAGCAUUAACCAUACCGCUGUGAUUUGAAAUAAUGAAAUUCUCAAACUGUAAAUCUUACACCAAGCAUCAGUAGCAGCAGAGGUUAAUGGUUUGUUUACGUCUGGGUUGUAUUUCUGAAGAAUCUAUCAUGCCUGUUUUUUUCAACAAGAGCUUUUAAUUAGUUUAAUUUUUAGAUUUUCAAUGAGCUCCUCUGUUUGACUCUUUAUGCUUUUGGUUAAAAUUACCAAAGGGGAAUUAGAUGGAAGUGACCAAAGUUUGUUGGGGGGUAGGGCAAAUUAAACGGGCCAUAAAUCUUGAGGAAAGACUUACUCAUUCUUUCAGGCAUUCAGCCGCACCACACAGGGCAGGCGAGGUUUGUCCACAUGGAGCCAAGCCUGAGGCGCAUGUCUGCCUCCUCUCUCAUAUUCAUGUGGCGUUUUUUCUUUUUCUGUCACCAGUAUCCUGAACUCCUGGUCGCCUCGUACAACAACAACGAGGAGGCUCCUCAUGAGCCAGACGGCGUAGCCUUGGUGUGGAACAUGAAGUACAAGAAGGCUACGCCGGAGUACGUCUUCCACUGUCAGGUAUGAAAAGUCUCUUAAGCUCCACAUACACGUCCUCACCGGUAGCCUCCUCUAAGGCAAGCAUAGAAAACCGCCAACCAAACAGCCUUUGUUGGCUCGCCCUCUCUACUCCCCUCACCCUCUUGCUUUCACUAACAUCGUGAGUUCACCGUACUGGCAUCUACCUCCACCACAUCCAUCCACAAACACAUGUUCGUGAGGCGCCGUAGAAGACCUGUGGUGCAGGAGUCGAAUGGAAUCCAGGCUCUGCUGCAGGAUUAAGUGUGUGGGGCAGGGCUGGUUAUCAUGUGCAUCCAAACAAGGACCCUGUGUUCAGACGAGCAGUGCAGCUCCUCCGCUCUGCCCGGCCUUAUUAUAAUGCCUGCCCCGAGGCUCCGUCACCAAGACAAGUUGAGUAGAACCACAUGUUUCUGACUCCAGAGCGGAUGUGGAUGCAGGCGUAUUGCUCAGAUGAAUAAAACUGAACAGAAGUGUGAAUGCAGUUUUCUCUGAGCCUCCCAGUCAGCCCAUAAUGAGAUUUUCUUAAACCAUGCGUCACCCUUUUUUUGUCGAGAAAAUCCAGUUUGGAAAAAUUACGGUGGUACAAGUGUGAUAGGUGAAGUGAUGAGAGCAAGUAGGCCACCCAAAAACCAAAGCGAGGUAAUGAAAUACAUGAAUCAAGUCAUGGUCCAAGUCAGAUUAUAUAAUAAUGCUGUUAACAAGCCGAGAAGGUUUGUUUUUUUUCCCUGUCGAAAACUGUGCCGUGAGUGCUGAAAGAUUCAUACAGAAAAAAGAAACAUGCUCAGAACAGUUUGACCGUAUAACUUUGAGACGAAGCAAGAAAACCACUUCACCGUUGAGGUUAUUUUUCAUAUUUCAGGAGAUCCUGGUGUAAAACUUAGUCGACUUUUCUUGAUGCAGGACAGUUGUGUGUUCCAGUUUGCCCCUGUCGCUCUGACAGUCUUUACUAAAUAUGUUUGCACUGCCCUGGCUUGCAGUUGCUUUUAAAUCUCAGUAUCAAAACACAGUUUGUGGCCCUCUGUAGGAAUCUUUUUAAAAGAGUUGAUUUUACAGGAACUGUUGCCGAUCAAGAACGACAUGUGAGCGUGCAUACAAGUGAAAACGCCAACAAGCCCGUGUUUGAGACUGAAUACAUCGUCAGGUCCUCAUUCCAAAAAUAAAAACAAAAAAAAGCAGUCAAUGUUGGAGUCCAAGUUGAGUCAGAAGUCCUGAAAAUCAGCAUUAGAGUCAGUCUCAAGUUAAACAACACUGGUGAUUGAAUAACUUUUCCUCUGAAAUCAGGAGGGGUUCUUUUUAAAAUUGAAAUAUCCUGUCUGCCAGCUCUACUCACUAUCUUGAUGCACCUCUGUGCCUCUCUGAGUAACCCUGCCAGUGCAGCCUUGUUUAUCCGAGUAGAUCUUUGGUCUUUAAAGUGAACUCUAGGGAUGGGCAAUAAAUUAUCGUUCACAAUAUAUCGUCAGAAAAAUCCUCCAUGAUAAAUAUUUGCCAUUUUAUGAUGAAUAUGAUAAAUGCAAGUUGAUGACGUAAGCGUGACCGACGGACUCACAGCCCACACAGAGCAGAAUAACAAACAAACAAACAUGGCUGAAGGUGAUGAAGAAGACGCUUCUGAGCAGCUCAUUACUGAACGAGGCUCCACAUGAGGGAUUUCCUUCAAGACAUCGGACAGUGGAUCUGCUGCUGUUCACUCUGUGCAAUAAGAGUUCUCUACAAAUGUUGAAAAUGUUUUCACAUUUGAGACUUAUUUGAUGUCAUUAGUUUUCUCUAUAACCCACAACUCAAACUUGUGGUUAAGUACCUUAUUUGACUACUCCAUCUGGUGUUCUCAGGACAAAAUGAGUCAAAAAUAUAGAUUGGAAUUCUAAUAUUUUUUAUCGAGGCGUUUAUUGCUAGAAUGGCAAAUCUUACUGUGGUAAGUUUUUUAACCCAUAUCGCUCAUCCCUAGUGAACCCUCAUCUUGAUUCUAUGGGAUGUAAGAACCUGUAUCCUCUCUUUUUUUUUCUCACAGUCUGCUGUUAUGUCGGCCGCUUUCGCCAAGUUCCACCCAAACGUUGUGGUGGGGGGCACCUACUCAGGGCAGAUUGUUCUGUGGGACAACAGGAGCAACAAGAGGACCCCUGUACAGAGGACCCCCCUGUCAGCUGCAGCACAUACGGUACAGAAGCAGACAGACGCAGUGGGCUUGUAGUCUAUUUUCACCAACAGAAAAGUAAGAUUUCCUCUCGUGUCUCUUUGCAGCACCCAGUGUACUGUGUGAAUGUGGUCGGCACCCAGAAUGCCAACAACCUGAUCAGCAUCUCCACGGACGGCAAGAUGUGCUCGUGGAGUCUGGACAUGCUCUCUCAGCCACAGGUAACACCCGUUUAUUAGACUGUGAGUGUCAGUGAGGCGAGAUUACACAAACACUCCAAGAUUUAAGAUUGACCCGUAAACUUUAAUAGCUGUGUUCACAUCUUACAGAGCAGUGUGGAGCAUAUUUCCUCCAUGUUGUGUCCUCUCUGUCUCUUCACUGUCACAUUCCACACACUUCCUGUCCCUCCUGUUCACGGUAAAUGUCAAACAUUUCGGCCGGGCUCUUUCUUUUUAGCAUUCCAGCUUCCCUUCGAUUUAUUUUCUCUUCAACUCAUUUUUCACUUUCCAGGAAAUUAACUUUGCUAGCUGUGUCAUUUCAAGCGAGCUGCCAAGACCUCAAUGUCAAAACUUGCAUUUUUUAUAAAGUGCUAGUUGAAUUUGGAUUAUGCAUUAAUAAACUGUCAAGUGAUUUUUAUAGGUUGUGUUUGGCAGUGUGUGUGUUAGCAUUAAGCCUGAGCAGGGAGCUUGUUAAAGGAUGUUGUUCCACUGUCUCCCCCCCUCUGCAGGACAGCAUGGAGCUGGUUUUCAAGCAGUCCAAGGCCGUAGCUGUCACCUCCAUGUCUUUCCCUCUCGGAGAUGUCAACAAUUUUGUGGUGGGCAGCGAGGACGGUUCUGUCUACAUGUCAUGUCGUCAUGGAAGGUGCGUUCACAAGCGGCCCCAGUUCCACCGGCAUCCCUCCUCCCCCCCGAACACGGCCAGGAAACUGAGGCGGCUUGUCAGGGCCCACCUAGCACCAAGUGUCAAAUAAAUAUAGCCCACUCACUUCCCAGCGCAACGCAAAUCCAACACUUGAUCUCCCGCUGUUUGAGGUUUCACUCCUGCCCAGUCAUCCUGUUUUUCUUUUCCGCUUGUCAGUUGUGUUUGUAAAGGUCGCUCAACAUAAACAGGGCACACAUGCAGGGGAAACAAAUCAUUUUUUCCUCCUCUAUUUUUUCUCUCUCUCCUCCUCUCUUUAGUACGUUUCAGUGGGUGAGAGAGUGUGUUUACAGUCAGUCGUCCCAGGGAGAAUUAAAAACUACAUUUCAUCCUACAAUGUUCUCAUUUUAAAAAACCUGGAGCCUCCUCAUACAGCGGGUUGAAUCAGAGCUGCCAGUGAGCAGCGUGUUAACUGCAGGCCCUGCAGUCUGCCUGUAAGACUGCACAGAGGGGAGAGACGCGAGGUUUAGCAGUGCAGAAUCACCUCUGUAAUUGGGGGAAUAAUUUUCCAGCUCAUUGACGAUGGUAUGAUACUUCUCAUCACAGUUAAUAAUGCAUAAGCAUCACUCACGCUGAGUAUUUACCUCUCUGCGUUAAUUAUCAGAGCCUCAGUUCGGUAACAGAUCUGCAACAUGUGGUUGAGGGUUGCAGGCACUUUUUCUAGCCUGCAGGUGAUCAUGUGACAUCUGAAGUAAGAGAGAAAUGUGAACAUGUCCAGAAGGGGUUGGCUCUUAUACCCUGAGAAAACCGAUGGGUGCAAACUGCUUUGAAAUAAACACAACAUUAUUUUCACAGAAAUAUGUAUAUCAAAAUGUUUUAUCAUGAAUUUAGGCAAAGACUUGAUUAUCAGGGUACAGAUGAAAAUACAGGAUGACUUCACUCAUGCUGACAGUAAAUGGGUCAAUCUGAGUUACAUCAUUAUCACUUCUUCCAUGUACUCCACAGCAAAGCGGGCAUUAGUGAGAUGUUCGAGGGCCACCAGGGGCCCAUCACAGGGAUCCACUGCCACACAGCUCCAGGGCCCCUGGACUUCUCCCACCUGUUCGUGACCUCCUCUUUCGACUGGACUGUCAAGCUGUGGAGCACCAAGGUACCAGCAAAUCCAGGCUACAUAUGUUAAUGUCCCUGAAGCCCCCAGGAUUGAUGGAAAUGUUUUUAAUGAAUUCUGUGUCAGCGUUUUGUGCAUCUACUAAGUUCCAUACAACUCGGUGUCAGCUCCUUUUUAACCGCAGUGAAGCUCAGGGUGAUAAUUUACCUUUAUGUUGAUAUCAUUGUCAGAUACUGUUGUUAAAUCCCUGUAACAAUAUAAGUCCCUACAAAGAUCUGGCUCCUUUGUGGAAUUUAAAAGAAGGCAAUUAUGACAGAAAUAAGGAGCCAACAGAUCAAGCUUUGUAACAAUGACAGGAUUUAUAGAACCUUCUGCUGCUUUUGGAUUAUUGUCUUAGCUUAAACAUCUGCAAUCUGCUCUACAUUCAAACACCCCUGUCCUUAAAUGUCUGUUCCAGCUGAUUAUCUAUGCAAUGAUUACUGUCUCGAGGUCAAGUUUUGCUAAUUAACAUUAAACACUUACAGCUGAUUAAAAUUGCUUUUGCCUUUAACUGAUGGUAUAGAAAAUUAAAAAAGAAAAACACUUUUUUCAAGUGUGAAGUUUAAACUUAAAAACUUUGAAAGUUUUACAAUUCAUCGAGGACAGGACAUGAGAAGCUUUACUACAUUUGUCCAAUACUCAUUAAGAUUCUUCGACUCCUGACUUGUUGAGUUCUGUUUGGUAGUAAGCUGCUGUUUUUAGAGGUGUAACCGCCGUACUUCUUGAACUCAUAUUUCUGAUGGAUGGUUAAUCAGAUCAUGAAGCAAUAUUUACACCAAUACCCAAUGCUUCCUCCUUUCUUUAUUUCUGUUUGCAGAACAACAAGCCGCUCUACUCAUUUGAGGAUAACUCCGAUUACGUGUACGAUGUCAUGUGGUCUCCCACUCACCCCACGCUUUUUGCUUGUGUCGAUGGAGUCGGCCAUCUCGACCUGUGGAACCUCAACAACGACACCGAGGUAUCACUGCUCUCAAACAUUCUCACAUCUGUUCCAAGUGUUUUACUUCACAAUGCCAAAUAAAACACUGCAGAGAAUAUUUAUGAGUUAUUUUUGUGUGUCAUUUUUAAGGUUCCGACCGCCAGUGUCACCGUAGAUGGAAACCCCGCCCUCAACAGGGUCAGAUGGGCCCACUCAGGCAGGGAAAUCGCCGUGGGAGACUCAGAUGGACGAGUCCUUGUGUACGAUGUUGGAGAGGUGCGCAGCCAUGACUCAGCUUUUUGACUGUUCUGUACUUUCAUGAGGUAAUUGUUCACAAUGCCAUUACUCCCUCAUGUCGCUGAAAUGUGCGUCUGUUGUACGUCUACCUUCACAGCAAACUGCUGUUCCACGAAACGACGAGUGGACCCGCUUCGUGCGCACGCUUGCAGAGAUCAACGAGAACAGAGACGACGCAGAGGAACUGGCGGCUCAGCGCCUGGCUGCCUGAUCGACACGGCGUGCGUGAGAUGUUUAAGGGACCAGUGGUGUGCUCGUUAUUCUCAGCCUCAUUUUGUGAGAAUAAAAAAAUGAUGUGGCGACGUCAUGACAGAGGAAAUAAUCCAACUUUUGAUGAAAGAGAAGUGAGGACAUCUUCAGCCCCUCCUUCCCCCCUUCCCUUAAAAAAAACUCAGCUCACUGUAGUAGCUGGAGCCUCUUUUUUUGUAGAGAGAUAGAAGUAACAGGGCUGUAACCUCAAACACUAACAGGAAGCCAUAUUUACAAACACGAACAGGUCGUCCUUUCUCCAACCAGAUGCCUUAAACUUUCAUUUCACCUUGAUUGUAAAACCCAUCCAGUCUUCUUUUGGGCAUUUUAACACUUUUGCCUUAUUUGUCGUUGAGUUUUUAACCCACGUUGGUGCUUCACUCCACACACAUUCAUGGUAAACACUCAGCUGAGCUCAGUUUCUACCAAAGUUGUAAUAAAGCAAUCACGUCUGGAAACACCGUGGAAUGUAGAGUUACGUUCACUGUAGCCCUCGUUUCAUCCUCGUUUGUAAAUGACUAUAUACUGAAUUGCCGUCAUCCAAAUAUCUUUCUACUACUGUAUAGAUCAGUUCUCUACCAGUUCUCAGUAGACAAAGCAGCUGGUUAGAUUUGGGAUAGCUGGGAUACAAUUAAUGCCUGAUGAUCAUGUAUGCUGUAAUUGGUCAGUGAUUUCCACGUCUGUACGUGAAACAGAGAUCGUCUGUUUCCUGAAGAAUCUCAAAGCUUGGUGUUGAAACUGGGAAUGUACUUUUCACACAGAAGCAACAGUUUAAAUGAUUUAUUUCAAUAAAAUACAAUAAAUACAUUUAAAUUAUU